UCUCGCUUUUAGCUCUGCCGUGUGCGCCAAAUGACUAUGAGACGCCAGCUACUGCUUCUCCAGACUAAUCAUCGCUUACCAUAUGCGUCCCAUGCCAAGUUCGAGCCCACAUAGUUUGCGUUUCCCUCCGCAUGGCUGGCUCCAUAGAGACCAACGACAACCCGACUGGUGUUCAAAUCGGGAGCAACCGCGCUGGCCCCCAUCCUUCAUCUCUCAAAAGGCCCGUUGACCUACCCGAAUGGCAUGAAAAGACACCGACGGCGUAUAAAUGUGGACAAACUUUGAUUGGCGAGGGGUGGGCUGGUCGGGGCGGAGAUCCGUUCAGAGUCAUUGUCAUGGGUGCAGGCGCCGCCGGAAUCGACUUCUUGCACCAAGCCCCCAAGGCUCUGACGGGGCUUUAUGUCGAUAUUAAAUGUUUCGAGAAAAACUCUGAUGUUGGAGGAACCUGGUAUGAGAAUCGUUACCCCGGUUGUGCAUGCGAUGUCCCGAGUGCGAGCUAUCAAUUUCCCUGGCGCCCGAACCCAGACUGGACAGAGUUUUACAGCCACGCGCCGGAAAUAUGGCAGUACAUGAAAGGAAUAGUAUUGGACGAAGGGCUCGACAAGUACAUUCAGCUUAAUACAAAAGUAGUCAGCGCAGCUUGGGAUGAAGCUGACUCAAGAUGGGUCGUCGGGUUGACGACAACGGACGGCACUCGGAAAUGGGAGGAAAGAUGCGAUGUUUUUUUGAACGGUGGAGGAAUUCUCAACGCGUGGAAGUGGCCAGAUAUACCCGGUCUUCACUCAUUUUCGGGCCGCCUUUUUCACACGGCACAGUAUCAAGAAGGGUACGACUUGAAGGGCAAAAGAGUUGCCGUGAUUGGUUCUGGCAGUUCUGGGGUGCAAACUGUUGUAUCAGUCUAUGGGGAUGUGUCGAAACUCUACACUUGGGUUCGAAGCCCCACGUGGAUAACUACAAGCUUCGCUCAGAAGUUUGCAGGGAACGACGGUUCAAACUUUGCAUAUUCGGAAGAGAGUAAGAUGGAGUGGCGUCGGAACCCCGCCCGGUAUUUGGAGUAUCGAAGGCUAGUGGAACGAGAGCUCAAUCAGCGAUUUAAGUUUGUUUUGCGAAACACAAGAGAGUCCCAGGAGGCGAACGAAUGUUGUUAUGGUAUAAUGCGCAGCAAGCUGCGCGGUGACAAGCGGCUGCUUGACAAAAUUAUUCCCCAGAACUUCAAUGCCGGCUGCCGACGGCCAAUACCUGACAACGGAUAUCUGGACGCCCUUGUUGGAGCUAAGACAACAUGUUUUACUGAGAAUAUUCACUCUAUAACGCCGGCGGGGUUUAAAGACCAGAGGGGAAACGAAUAUGAAGUAGAUGUCAUUAUCUGCGCCACCGGCUUUGACACAUCCUUUCGCCCAACAUUCCCGGUUCUUGGACUUGAUCAGGUCGACCUUGCUGAGAGGUGGCGGGAAAUACCUGAGUCAUACCUUGGUAUUGCAGCACCUAAGAUGCCCAACUACUUCAUGUUCAUGGGCCCAUUCACCCCAGUUGCACAGGGGUCGAUCCUGCCCAUUAUCACGCACACGAGCAAAUAUUUCAUCCAGGUUAUUCGCAAGAUGUACGCUCAACACAUUCGCCGCAUUUCACCAAAGGACGUGGUAGUCAAUCAGUUCAUGGAGCAUUGUCGAGCAUACCUCCCCCGGACAUGCUGGGCUGACCCUUGUGCAAGCUGGUUCAAGCAGGGUCGGAUAGACGGUCCCAUCGUUAUGUGGCCUGGCACUCGUCUAGCUUUCUUCCAGGCUGUCGAGUCGCCAAAUUGGGAGGAUUUUGACAUUGAGUAUCAUUCCGGCAACAGAUUUGGCUUUUUGGGCAACGGAUUUGCGGCAUGUGAGUUCAGCAAUGAUGGCGACACCACCCAAUACCUAGAUUGCGAGUCGGUGCUAGCCCCUCCACAGACGAUGAUCGAGACACUUCUAGCUGCUAGCCGGACAUAGCAUAGAAAAGGGUGAGUUGCAUGAUCACAAGAGGACUUCUUAUGGGGGGAAGCUCUUCAAUCUAGUAUCUCAUGACAAUCGCUCACACAUGCAUGUUUGAGGCACCUACCACGAUAGCCUCAGC